AUAAAAAUUAAAACUUUGAUUGUUUCUUUUCUUCGUCUUCUUCUUCGGGUCUCUUCGUUUUGUUUCUUUACCCUUUUUUUGAUUUGAUCUUCUCUUCUCGGUUGUAAAUUUUAGGGCUUUCUGUAAAAAAUUGUAAUGUGAUUUCGAGUAAAAUCAUGAACAAGCCUGAAGAAAUUUCCGACCCGGAUCCGAAACAACCGUCUCGAUCUUCCUCCGAUGAGGUCACCGUCACCGUCGCCGAUCGGGAUCGUUCUGAUCAAAAUCAGGGUACUGAGGAGCUAAAUGAUCAAUUUAGGAAUGUGGGUUUGGAUGAUGAUGAUUCUGCGAAUGAGCGGAGUGUGCCAAUUAGUGAGGGUAAUGUAGAAACAGAGUCAAGGGCGUUAGGCAGCGAUCAGAAGGAGGAAGAAGAAGAAGAAGAGAGGAGGGAGCGUGAGAAUAACGUUGAGAAGAGAAUGAUUGUGUAUCCAGUGAGACCUGAUGCUGAGGAUUGUUCGUAUUAUAUGAGAACUGGGAGUUGCAAAUAUGGAUCAAGUUGCAAGUUCAAUCACCCUCUUCGAAGGAGACUUCAAAUUGGUAGGGAGAAAGUACGGGAAAGGGAAGAGGAUGUGGAUAAUCUUAAGUUGAUGAUGGAGUGCAAGUACUACUUCAGGACUGGAGGGUGCAAAUAUGGAGAGUCUUGCAGAUUCAGCCACAUGAAAGAACAGACUUCUCUGGCCUCACGACCAGAGCUUAACUUCCUUGGCCUUCCUAUCCGACCGGGAGAGAAAGAGUGUCCUUUCUACAUGCGCAAUGGCUCCUGCAAGUUUGGAUCUGACUGCAAAUUUAAUCAUCCUGAUCCUACUGCUAUUGGAGGAGUUGAUUCUCCCAUGUUCCGUGGUAAUAACGGUGGAUCCGUUGGAUCAUUUUCCCCGAAGGCCCCACUACCCCAAGUCAGUUCAACUUCUUGGUCUUCAUCGAGACAUAUGAACGGUACUGGUACUGCUCCUUUUAUUCCAGCCAUGUUCCCUCAAAAUCGUGGAGUUUCUUCACCUCAAGCUUCAGAGUGGAAUGGGUAUCAGGCGUCUUCUCCCUAUCCACCAGAAAGGAGUGUGCUUCCUCCUUCUACAUACUCGAUGAACAUUAACAAUUCAAUAGCUGAAACUAGUUCAUUCUCACAAUACCAACAGCAGAGCUCUGUUGAAGAAUUCCCAGAACGUCCGGAUCAACCAGAGUGCACUUAUUAUCUUAAAACUGGGGACUGUAAGUUCAAAUAUAAAUGCAAAUACCAUCAUCCGAAAAAUAGGUUGCCGAAGCAAGCUCCAUCCUCUUUCAAUGACAAGGGCUUGCCCUUAAGACCUGAUCAGAGCAUGUGCACACACUACAGCCGAUAUGGUAUAUGCAAAUUUGGUCCAGCUUGUAGAUUUGAUCAUUCCAUACCGCCUACAUUCUCGUCUAGCAGCUCCCUAACCGUAGAAGGUCCUCAAGCUGGCGCCAACGGAAAUGAAGAUGACAGCUGGCAUUAACAUCACAUGAACAGAAGCCUGCGUAGGGGAGAUACUUUUUUCUUUACCAUGAUAGGCUUUCCAGUUCUUAGGAUCAAUUUCUUCUUUUGGGUUUGGAUUUUAUGAGAAACAUUUAGGUAAAUUAUAGUCUCCAAACUAUAUCUAUCUGUGGCAAAUCAAUGCUUGUUUACAGGAUUCUCACCGAAUAAUUUUUGUUCUCUCUGUCUCUUUAACUGUAACUAUCUACUCUUUCACUCUUAAGGUUCAGUCUAAUGGAAGCAUGACCUGUUAUAUGUUUUGUA